UCAUGCAGCACUCUGGAAUUUCUGCACAAACUUGUCAUGCGAGGUAUGCCUCCAGCUAUGUGGAAACAGCGGCCGAGAAGACGUUCCAAAUUAAGACCUAUAGUACGGAGUUGAAAAAGCAUGUGAUGGUCAUGGAUUUUGUGAAGAGCAACUGGUUCCCAUCACAGAAAAGAGCCAAGGUAUGCAUCAUUCACAUGUGCCAGGGAAUGAAGACAAAUGAAAAGAUGAACAGCAAAUAUGAGAUCCACAGUCGACUGUUCUCAUCACCUAAAGAGCACUCAGCAUGGGAAAGAAACACACGACUCACAUACACAGGACUACAGUCAAGCCCAUACAAUGAAAGCAAUCAGCUUUCACUUAGAGACCUGCAGUCUGAGGUUGCAGAGAAGGAAUCUGACUUUGCCAAGGAGACUCUGGCGUCCCAGAAAACAAGGAUGAUUUCAUCCCUCCUCAUGUCCCAGCUGAUUGAUGAGCGUCGAUUGCAGAAGAAUGCCUUGCCAGGCCAGUGCAUGAUGGUUCAGCCUGAGAUUCAUCCCAUGAACCAGGCCUUGGCUGGGCACAGUCCAACUCCCAUAGACCAAGCCUUCUCCUUGCGUCCUGGCACCAUGGGAAUCCACACAGCCUCCAAGAAGGCUGGCUCUGGAACUAAGCUGCCUCCCCAAGAGGAGAAUCAGGAUUCUGACCCAAGAAAAGGGUUCUCCUCCAUCACCAUCACAGCCAGACGAGUUGUUCCUCCGGCCAGUACCCAGAUGUGGAGUCCUGCUGUUGACCCCGUGUGCUCCAAGUGGGGGGCCAAGGACAGACUCGUGGACCAGACAGCUUUGGCCCACAGGCAGGAGCCAGGUCCUCACCACCAACUCUUACAUGGUCGGGAAGGCUCCACAAAUGGCUUGGCAACUCCAUUCAAGGCUUCUGGACCUCCCAGGCAGCUGUGUGAAGGUCAUCCGUGCUGGAUUUUGAACCCUGAAAAUAAAGAGAAUGCGAUGAUGCCCCCGGCCAUCCCAAGUCACGGGGAGAAAGUCCCCCUCCUGUUUAGCUCCUGCGUUCACCUGCGCCUGUCUCAGCCGUGUUCCAACACUGUCCAUUACUUAGACAGAUCUCUUUCCAUACCUCUCGACCAACCUUCCAUCAGCGGCUCCAAAAUGCACAGAUCCGUUCUGUCCCUCAACCUGAACUGUAGUUCUCACGGAUUAACACCAGAUGGAGUAGAUCGCAUGGCUAAUACCGAGGAGGCCAUGGGAGACAAUCCACCGAGCCAGAAGUAUGCAGAGCAAAACGAGACCAGGGCCCAACCGGCUUGGGACACAGGCUUCCAAGAGAGCCCUGCAAAGGAAAACCCGCCUUGGCACAGAAUAGCUUCAGGGAAUCCCCCGUGUCCCUGGAGCAGCUCGCCUCCCCUGGGAAGCCCAGAGUUCUGUGACGCCGGCAGAGGAACAAAUCACCUAACAGUAGGGAAGAUGAAAGGAGACAGUCUGGCCAUGUACCACACCAUUAGCCACCCCAAUCAGCUGUCCAUUCACAUCCCAGGCUGGAGCUAUGCAGCAGGGGACUAUAGAUGCUGUGACCUGGUGGUGAAGCUCAAAGAGCGUCAGAGCCCCAGCAAAGAAAGGGGGACGGUCCCAGAAUGCCCAGCAGCCCCCUCAGAGCCCAUGAGCCCGGAGAAUCCAGACAGCCCCCCGACACCAGAGCAGGAUGAGUGCCCUGAGCCAGAGAUCAGCGUCUUUCCUGCCCACUCCCUGACCCUGAGGGAAGCUCUCGAGGUGCACAGACCUCAGUUUAUCUCUCGUUCGCAAGAGCGGCUGAGAAAACUCGAAAGCAUGGCCCAGCAGAGGAAAGCCCAACAUGGUGAAAGCCCCAGGAAGAAAGCAAGUCCCCUGCCCCUCCGCGCGCCCAAGAAGAAGCAGUGCACCGUCCCUCAUCCUCUCAGCGAUAACCUGUUCAAGCCGAAGGAGAGGUGCAUUUCAGAGAAGGAGAUGCAUAUGAGAUCUAAAAGAAUCUAUAAUAACUUGCCUGAAGUGAAAAAGAAGAAGGAAGAACAAAAGAAAAGGGUGAUUUUACAAAGUAAUCGACUACGCGCUGAAGUCUUUAAAAAGCAACUACUGGAUCAGAUCCUUCAGAGGAACACAGACUGACCUGCAAACCUGUACCUGCAACUCCAGGGAUCUUGGAUGACCUAAAGUACUGCAUAGCCAAUUAAAGUUAGCCUUAUCUUCAUCACCCCAAACCCUGAUAUAACCUAGGGAUUUUUCAUCGCCUGAAGAAACUUCCCCUGAUAUACAAAGUGAGCAACAGCACAGGCACCCAGAGGAGCCACCAAUACAGUGAGAUAUCCCACAUGCGCCCUGAGGUGCGUAGUCUAUCUUUCCCUUGGAGUGUCACUGUUUGCUCAUGCUUUUCUCCCCAUUCUAACCCAGGAAGAUGUUAUGAUCUUUCUGGUGCAUAAAAAAUACAGGGGGCCUCGGUUUUUUGUCUGAGUUAUUUUCAUUAACUUCUUAGGAAUUAAUGUCCUUUCUUAGAAGCAAUGCCUUCCUCCUGCCCCCUCCCCAGUCUCACUUCCUCCAUCCUAAACCUGCUCCUUCCUAGCCAUGUUUAGGAACCCUUCAGAGUAGCCUGAUUACAGAAUGACAGCAGCAGCAGCAGAGAUUUUCAAGGUGGGCUGGAAUGGUCCCGGGGAGCAGCCUGAUCUAGUUGGUUAGGCAGGGCUGAGCUGAGCUCAGGACCCUAGAGGUAACAUUUCACUGACAAUGCAUCCUCCCUAUUAUGCCUUAUCAUUUUCCUCUGUCAUUAUGAGAUACCUUAGUUGGAGCAAGUAUCAAUUUUGACAGAAGAUCAGUGGACAGAAAUAGGCUAGGUUCAGCUGUGGGCAAACCCAGUGGUUUCUACUCCCAAAACCUUUCUGUUUUCAAAAAAGGCUACUGACAGAAUUGUAAUAUUGUCCUUCCAGACUUUUACAGUUUCCAUUAUUUAUACGUGUAUAUUUUGGAAGUUAUAAGGGAAACUAGUUUUUACAACAAAAU